UUUUGUUGACAGCUGUUGAGAGAACAUGCUCUCCUCGAUAUGCCAAUGAGAGGCGGUAAUGAGAUUUUAUCCUUCCUCACUUCAGAACGUGACUUUAACAGUUUGGUUCACUUAAUAAUACUCAUUAGAUAAGUUAAGAAGCAAGCCCACUGAAACAUGACCCCUAUCAUGUCUACCAUGUCUAUGCAUUGAUAAAUCUUAAAAUGCAUUCAUGCAUUAAUUGAGAACCCUUCCCUUUUUUAAUUUCAGCGAAUAUGACUAUGGAGACAAUGAAAGGACAGCCAUCGGCAUCGGGUCUCUCAUGCCAUACAGACUCCCUAACUUCACUCUUCAGAAUGUUUUGUUGAUGAUGAGGAACAGCAUUUGAAAUGAGGCCUCUUCGGGGCAACAGAAUAAGAUGGCAGAAGAAACAAGUUCUGGUGACCAGUAUUCUGCAGCUAGUUUGGAACAGCCAGAUGAGACCACAGAGGACCUCUUGAAAGAAUUUGAGGAGAGACUGCAGUAUUCCGAUUCUUCUGAUGACGAUGAAUUCCACGAUGCACAAGCUGAACUACUCCAAGAAGAAGCAAUGCAUAAAGCUGAACUUGACAAGGAAAGGCCUAAAAAUAGUGUGGAAGACAUCGAUAAAAAUUCAGCGCCAGGGGCUAGGGCAACUGGUGUGAAAACAGUGGUAGACAAUACAGACUUUUCAGAAACGAUACAAAGUGAUGAUGUAAUAGCUCAAAAUUGUCCUGGGGAAGCUUCCGAAACAUUUCCAAAUCUAGGUCCCUCUGAUCGACUUCCAAUGUUUGGUGAUAUCACAACCUCAAAUCCUAGUCUCCCCAGCGAAUCAGAAUCAGCUGAUAACAGCACUAUUCGUGAUCCUUGUAAUGUCACUGGUGCUGCAGUAGCCUCUGAUAACGAGCCUGUUAUUGACGUUGAUGAAUUAGUUCAGGAAGCAGUGGAGGAGGGCGCUACUAUGGAAGACGAUCCUGUGGAACCAAUUGUCAUUGAUGAAGAUCAACUUCUGAAGGAUUUGGAAGCCACAUGGUCAGAGGAAGAGAAGGAGGACAAAAAGGCUGAAGCACAGGAGCUGAAGACAUCAGGAAAUGAGCUGUUCAAGCAGGGGUGUAUAGAGGAGGCUAAAGAGCAGUACACAGCUGCCCUAGCAUUGUGUCCGACAUGUUUUCCUAAGGAGCGAUCCAUCAUGUAUUCCAAUAGGGCAGCUUGUCGAAUGAGAGAUGAAGAAUAUGAAGAUGCCAUCAAAGACUGCUCAAAGGCCAUGGAGUUGAAUCCUGGGUACUUGAAAUGCAUCUUGAGACGAGCUGAGCUGCACGAAAAGACAGAAAAGUUGGAUGAGGCAUUAGUCGACUAUCAGAAGGUUUUAGAAAUUGAUCCAUCAAUUAUUUCUGCAAGGCGAGCUUGUAUGCGAUUGCCAGACCAGAUCAAGGAGCGGAAUGAAAAAUUAAAAGAAGAGAUGAUGGGUAAACUAAAGGACCUCGGCAAUAUGAUUCUGAAACCAUUUGGACUGUCUACAGAUAGCUUUCAAAUGAAUCAAGACCCAAACACUGGAGGAUAUUCUAUGAAUUUCAAGAGAUGAUACUGCCUAGGAUAGUACUAUUUGCUACAGUAACCCUUUGCUAGAGUACCAACAGUGAACAUCAGACCUAAAGUCUCCUCCUUUCACGGACAGAUAAUAAGCUAAACACCAGCAGAUUGUACAAAUCAGACUUUAUAUACCUGAUCCUCACCUUGAACAGACAUAUCUUCCAUGCCCCAAGUGCAAAUUGUGUUGGUGAUGUGUUUAAUAGAUAACAGACAGAAAAUGCGACCGAUAUGAGCAAGGUUUUCCUGUAUUAUUCAAGUCAAGCUUUGAGGCAAUUGCCUGCCCUCAAAAUACAGUAUGAGUAGAACCUCUCUACUGAGGACACCUUCGACACUGGGAGGUGAGACAGAGAGGUGUCCUGAUUAGAGAGUAAGUUCCAAGUCUGUUGGUAAUGUGUAUUACAGAUUUCUGAUGUAACGAACAAAAAAAAUGCUCAUCCAGUCAAGUCCAAUAUAUUCGAAGGCCAAGCUUUGAUGUUGUCUAAAACUUUCAACACAGUAGAACCUCUCUAUUAAGGACACCAGUGCUGUCCUUGAUGGACUAUUUUUAUGUCCUAAAGAGGUCAAAUUGAAUUGAAACGACUAAUUUGGGUCAAAACUAUUGUCCUCAGUAGAGAGGUUGUCCUAAAAAGAGCGUUUUCCACUAAAGGCAAUUCCACAGUAUUUGUGUUCCUGCACCAUGUUAUUUGUUUAUAGACCGUUGUGAGGGUAGCUUUCACCCAGUAAAAUGGAUAUGUUCGUUUCAGUUUUUUUGGUCAACCACAUCAAACUAAAGUGGAACCUACCUUAGCAGACGCCUCUCUAUUAAGGACACUUGUUUUGGUCCCAAAUUGGUUGUUUCCAUUCAAUUUGACCUCUCUAAUCCGGACACCUCUCUAUUAAGGACAGCACUUGUCUGUCCCGAGGGUGUCCCUAAUAGAGAGGUUCAACUGAAUUUCAAUGGGAUGCACCACUCCCUGAAUGAGCCACUGUCCUUCCAGUUGUGCUAGAAGCAAUAGGGAUGUAUUUGUAUAGGGUCUCCGAGCUUGUUCAAACUAAUCAUUUAAGGGCACACACAACCUUUUACAAUGAGUGACGUUUAUGGAUUUGGUCUGCUGAGUAUGAUACCAAGUUAAUUUCAGAAAGUUAGCUUAAACUGUAUGCUUGUUCCUGUGGUCUUUAGUAAUUUCAGAAAUUUAUGUUAAUAUAUAUGUUAUGAAUAUGAAUAAAUAUAUAACUGAAAUCGA